GGAAAAGCCAGCGGAAAAAGGACAUUGGGCGAAGUCAUGGACGAAGAUCUUGCUAUAAAGCGAACAAAAAGAGGUUCUCAUGACCAUGACGAGGCACCUAUUCUUGUCCAAUCGCGAUAUUUCAGCGGGGGAAGUGGCACUCAAGGUUCCGCACGUAGCAGAGAUAACGUGCUAUCAGAUAUGACUGCAUCAACCGCUGGGUCGUCCCGAAUUUACGAUCUAACUCUUGACAAGGAGAGCCUGUUCUUGGACACAGAACGUCGUGAUGAUUCGAUGUGGAACGUGGAGGAAGUGCUCGACCCUGUCACACAAGAGGAAGGAUACAUAUCACCAACACCAUCUUACUGCCGAUUGGACACACCUGAUAUAUCUUCUCCGGUACGACCGCGAUCCCAGGCUAAACGGCAUUUUGAGGAUGACUUCGAUGACUUUGGCGCUGAUAUCGUAUCUAGCCCCGUUGCAGUACGAUCACUAGCACGUCAAUGCUGUCGGCUUGAUGGGCCGAAGCACAACGAAGUCCUCGUGCCGGAUACACCUACACCAUCUCACCGCAAAUCAAAGCAAAAGGCAUUGAACGGUCCAAAUCUGCGGCACAUCCUGGCCAUCGAUUUGCCAAGCGAUAUUGAACCACCUUCCUCGGGACCCGUCACCCCAGAACAUACGGGGCAGACAGGGAGGGACAGGACUAAUGACGUGAUAGACGUUGAUUCGACCGUAGAAAACUCUGAGCCAAAGGUCUGUGCGACGCGCAAUGAGAUCG